GAUGGGGGUGGUGAUUCUUCAUUUUCACCCGGCAAGAUCGAUGCUUGCUCGUUGUUUUUAAUACCCUUUGUGCGUUCUUUGAUGUUGUUCAGCUCGGCUUCUUGGAACUUCAGGGUUUGAUGCUGUAAGGACUUUGCUUUUGUGAGUUUAGUAAGUGACAAUAAUUAGCAGUUGUAGUUUGUAGACAUGGAGUCAAAAAAGUUCUCUCUUUCUCUAUGGAUAUUACUUGGCUGUAGUUUGAGCUAUGCUACCCUGCAAGAUAUUGCUUGCUUGAAAAGUAUAAAAGCUUCACUUGAGGACCCUUAUAAUUACUUGAAUGCUUCUUGGAAUUUUGACAAUGAUACUGAAGGAUACAUCUGUAAGUUUGCUGGGGUUGAGUGUUGGCACCCCGAUGAGAAUAAGGUUUUGAAUCUCCGCCUUUCCGAUAUGGGACUCAAGGGCGAGUUUCCUCGUGGCAUUAAAAAUUGCACGAGUCUGACUGGGUUAGAUCUUUCAAGCAACAAUCUUUCUGGAAGUCUUCCACAAGAUAUUUCUGAUUUAGUUGUGUAUUUGACAGCUCUUGAUCUCUCAUCAAAUAACUUCUCAGGGAGUAUUCCGAUAGAUCUUGCUAAUUGUACCUAUCUGAACACUCUGAAACUUGAUCACAACCAACUCACGGGUCAGAUUCCGGUGGAACUAGAGCAACUUCGUCGGCUGAAAGCGUUUAGUGUAUCUAAUAAUCAACUGUCUGGGCCGAUUCCACACUUUGAUAGUUAUUCUCCUAAGGCCGAAGAUUUUUCAAACAAUCCAGGACUGUGUGGGGAACCGUUGAAGUCUUGCUAAGAUUAUAUUAUCAAUGCUGGGCUCUUGGAACCUCAGGUUUUGGUGGGUUUUUUCAUAGACAUGGAGUUAAAGAGUAUUCUUUUGUUGGGAUUCUCUAUGGAAUUAGUUAGUUGUACUUUGAGCUAUGCUACUGUGCAAGAUAUUGCUUGCUUGAAAAGUAUAAAAGCUUCAUUUGAGGGUCAUAAUUACUUGAAUGCUUCUUGGAACUUUAACAAUAAUACUGAAGGAUACAUUUGUAAGUUUGUGGGUGAGUGUUGGCACCCCGAUGAGAAUAAGGUUUUAUCUCCGAUUCUUCGGAUUAUGGGACUCAAGGGUGAGUUUCCUCGUGGCAUUAAGAACUGCUCGAGUAUGACUGGGUUAGAUCUUUCAAGCAACAAUCUCUCUGGAAGUCUUCCAGAAGAUAUUUCUCAUUAUGUUGGGUUUUUGACAGCUCUUGAUCUCUCAUCAAAUAAGUUAUCGGGGAUUAUUCCGGAGAAUCUUGCUAAUUGUAGCUAUUUGAACAGCCUGAAACUUGACCACAACCAGUUCACUGGUCCGAUUCCUGCACAACUAGGGCAGCUUGGUCGGCUGAAAACAUUUAGUGUAGCUAAUAACCAGCUGUCUGGGCAGAUUCCAAUAUUUUCCAAUUAUACUGCUAAGCCAGAUGAUUUUGCAAAUAAUCGAGCACUCUGUGGGAAACCGUUGAAUCCUUGCCAGACACCUUCAAAGGACCCUCACACUGGAAUUAUUGCUGGGGCAGCAAUUGGCGGGGUCACUUUUGCUGCGAUAGUUGUGGCUAUUUGUCUGUUUUUCUAUUACCGUAGAUAUGCUGUGAAGAAGAAGAAGGAUGAUGAUCCUGAAGGAAAUAAAUGGGCAAAGAGCUUGACGGGAUCAAAAGGCAUUAAGGUUUCCAUGUUUGAGAAGUCAGUUACAAAAAUGAGAUUAAGCGAUCUCAUGAAGGCUACUAACAACUUCAGCAAAUACAAUAUUAUUGGUUCAGGAAGAACUGGGACAAUGUACAAAGCGGUGCUUGAAGAUGGCUCUUCACUUAUGGUUAAGAGGUUACAGGAUUCUCAGCGUUCUGAGAAAGAAUUUCUGUCCGAGAUGGCUACUUUGGGAAGUGUGAAACAUCGUAACUUGGUUCCUCUUUUAGGCUUUUGCAUGGCUAAGCAGGAGAGACUUUUGGUUUAUAAGCACAUGGCCAAUGGUACCCUGUAUGAUAAUUUACAUCCUGCUAAUGAUGGAGGCAAGCCUAUGGAGUGGUCCCUGAGGCUCAAAAUAGCUAUAGGGGCAGCCAGAGGAUUUGCUUGGCUACAUCAUAACUGCAAUCCCCGUAUCAUUCACCGAAAUAUUAGCUCCAAAUGCAUUUUAUUGGAUGCGGAAUUUGAGCCUAAAAUAUCUGAUUUCGGGCUUGCUAGGCUUAUGAAUCCAGUUGAUACUCAUUUAAGUACCUUUGUGAAUGGAGAGUUUGGAGACUUGGGUUAUGUUGCUCCAGAGUAUGCGCGAACUCUUAUGGCCACACCAAAGGGUGAUGUUUACAGCUUUGGAACUGUGCUUCUGGAGUUGGUGACUGGUGAGAAACCCACCCAUGUGGCUAAAGCUCCUGAAACCUUUAAGGGAAAUUUGGUGGAAUGGAUGUCACAACUGUCAAAGAGUGGUCAACUCCAAGAUGCUAUUGACAAGUCUUUGGUUGGGAAGGGUGUUGAUACCGAGCUUUUCCAGUUUCUUAAAGUUGCAUGUAACUGUGUCCUUCCAGAGGUUGCCAAGGAGAGGCCUACCAUGAUUGAAGUAUACCAGUUUCUAAGAGCUAUCGGGGAGCGGUACCAUUUCACCAUCGAGGAUGAGAUAUUGAUGCCCUCAGACACUGGUGAUGCUGAUUAUAUCGAAGAACUUAUUGUUGCUCGUUACGGAUAAUAACUGAAAAAAGGUAUGACAAACAUAGUUGCAUUUGUUGUCAUAAUUUAUAUGUAAUUAUCUAUUGUGCACUGUCUAAAUAAAUGUUAAUAUUACAUAUAGUUUUGAUGGUUUAGUUGCUGGUAUGACCUUUCUGUAUUGAUAAUUUGAUACAUUAUUGAAAUGGCAUCAAUAUAUAGUUUCCACUUCCAACAUUUAUUAUUAGCUCUAUCUCUGGUCUACAA